UGGCAAGGUCAGAUACCCGACCGGCUAUAUAAGGUACUCGAUCGGGUAUCCUAGACAGUAGCCCUAAGAGUGGCAUUUACAGUCAUACUCGAUCGGGUAUGUAGGUAUAUCUGAUUGGAUAUAAGCCAAAUCAUCAAAAACUCCAUGCGCGUUGUUUUGUUCUCCAAAAUCUUAUUUGGACGCCCGAAUCAAGUAAUACCCAAUCAGGUAUGUCAAUAUAUCACAUCAGGUAUUGAUAAAAUCAGAUUUUUCACAUUUCUUUGUCUCCCAUGAAGCUUCAUUUUGUCUCCAAACUCCUUGUGCUCCCAAGCUCCUUCCUCUAUCUUACUUUUCAUCAUGUUUCUUACUUACAUGUAGGGGUGGACUCGGGCCGGGCGGCCCAACCCGGAACCGGCCCGGCCCGAUUACUGUUUGGCCCGGCCCGGGGCCCGGUGGGUCCAUCGGUUCGGUUUGGCCCGGCCCGGGUGAUGGGCGGUCCGGGCUCGGGCCCUGCUUUAGGUGAACCGGCCCGGCCCGGUUUGGCCCGGAACCGGAACCGGCCACCGGCGGUUCGGGCUCGGGGCCCAUUUUUCUGGCCCGAGGCCCGGCCGGGCCCAGGCCCGAACCGGCCCGGGUCCACCCCUACUUACAUGUCAAAAUCUCUUAAUAUCUUCUAUUUCUAGUUUUAUUUAAAAGAUAAAGAUUACAUUAUAAUUGUACCAAAGUUGAGUAAACACAACGUAAAACCAUUCUAGAAUGUGGUGUUUACGCACUAAUAAAUAGCACAUAUCAACACGUGACUAGGAAUGUUUUUACUUGGACUGUAAUUUGUCCCAGACCAGACCAGACCAGUCCAGACCAGACCAGACCAGACCAGAUUUGGAUAGUUAUAAAAAUACAAAGAAACACCUUACCAGACCUUACCAGACCAGACUAGACCAGAUCAGACCAGACCAGCAAAUUACAGUCCAAGUAAAAACAUCCUAGUUUCUCUUUGAUCUUUUGCUCGGGCAGAGUAUUGGAGACACUUUCGUGCUUAGUCCCCCCAAUCAUGGAGCCAUGGGAAAUAGAACUCAACCACCCACACAUAGUUUCUUCUAAUGAAGCCAAGAAACAUCAACAAAUCAUUUAUAUCGACACCCGACCAUUAUCGUAUUAGCAUAACAAGGUGAAAAUGAUCUUAGGGGUCUCACAUUCCCCAUGGGAUUUGAUUUGGGGUGAAUUACAACCAGCUUCUUGGGACAAUGCUACGAUUCAUAUGAUAAACGGGCUCAUCGUCUUCACUUAUUUGUUGUCAACGUGUUAGUUUCUUGCAUCUACUCAUCGUUGUAGGUCUUCGAUCUUUUCAAUAACUUUCUCAAUUCGGCAUCAUUAAAACCAUUUUAGAUCUUGUUUGCAGGAACCAUCGCAUGUUUAAUUUCCCUCGUCGUCUUGUUCCUCGCUCUUUGUAUAUGUUUCUCGGCCUUGCCUGUAUGCUCACCCAUGCUCGUCUUCGUCAUUGACACCAUGUCCUCUUUACCCUACCUUGACGAUUCUACAUAUAUGCUCGUUCAACUCUAUAGUUGUCUUAGAUGUCCUCGGAUAUGGCACGACUGCUUCCCUAACCUACUGAAUACUACAAGGGCAUUAUAUUGAGAUGGUUGGAUCAAAAGGACAGUGAUAUGGCACAUUUCUUUCAUUUUGCUUCUUUUCCGGAAAUGUUCCGCUCCCCCACAGGGUGAGUUGAAGCCUAAGUGCUUAUAGUUUGAGGAGAGAUUUAAGCUCUGGGAGAGAUUUAAGCUCUGGGAAGCCUGAGUACACAAUAUAUAUCUUAGUCAUCCAUGUGUACAAUAUUCACAAAUUGGGAAUGAGGUUUCGAGGUCUUAUAAUGUUUUUACUUGAAAUGUUUUUAAUCUCGGACUAGAUCAGACCAGAUCAGACUAGAUCAAACUUGGAUAGUUAUAAAAUAUACAGAGACCAAACGUUUUGUAGACCUAAUCAGACCAGAAUAUUGCAGUCCAAG